AUGACAAAAGACAUUCCAAUAAUAGAUUUUCAUUUGUACAAACAAGAUUUAAAAGAAUUUUCUGAAAAUAUUGAAAAAGCAAUUGAAAAUAUUGGUUUUUUUUACUUGAAAAAUCAUGGAAUUACUCAACAAGAAAUUUCAGAGAUGUUUGAAAAUUCAGAAAAAUUUUUUAAAUUGCCAUCAGAAGUUAAAAGUCUAUACAAUCAAAAAAACAAUUUUGGAUAUUCUUCUUUUAAACAUGAAAUUCUUGAUCCAAAUAAACAAACUUUGAGUGAUUUCAAAGAGUAG